UAGAGGAGCCUCAACUCGCUACUAUCACAGCAAAAGAACAAAUCCCUGUUCAAGAACCACAAAUCACCGUUCAAGAACCACAAAUCGCUAUUCAAGAACCACAAAUCGCUGUUCAAGAACCACAAAUCGUUGUUCAGGAACCACAAAUCGUUGUUCAGGAAUCACAAAUCCCUGUUCAGGAACCACAAACCCCAGUUCAGGAAUCACAAAUCCCUGUUCAAGAACCACAAAUCCCUGUUCAAGAGCCACAAAUUUCAAUUGAAGAACCACAAAUUUCAAUUGAAGAACCACAAAUUUCAGUUGAAGAAUCACAAAUCCCUGUUCAAGAAUCACAAAACCCAGUUCAGGAAUUACAAAUCCCUGUUCAAGAACCACAAACCCCAGUUCAAGAAUCACUAAUCCCUGUUCAGGAAUCACAAACCCUUGUUCAAGAACCACAAAUCUCUGUUCAAGAACCACAGAUCCCUAUUCAAGAACCACAAAUCCCUAUUCAAGAAUCACAAAUCUCAGUUCAGGAACCACAAAUCUCAGUUCAGGAACCACAAAUCCCAGUUCAAGAAUCACAAAUCGCUGUACUGCAACAAAUCAUUGCUCAAAAUAAGUCAAUCAUUUUAGAUAAUGAAGUUGAACGAACAUCCGAAUCUAACGAGAUUUUACGAACACAACCACCACCCUCUAAUCCAUCUAAUCCAUCUAAUCCCCCUAUUCUAAAUGAUUAUGAAGUUGCACCGGGAAUUGUGAAAAAUGAAGAUAAUUUAAUGGAUACUUCAGCAGAUACAUCAGUUGAAACUUCAGUGGUGAACUCGGAUUAUAGUAGUGUUAUUCCACCAUCAUCACUUACUUCAUCAUCAAAUCCGGGGUCUCAGGUAGAAUUUAACACGGCGAUGGCGAAGGUGAAAGAAAUUGCAGCAAAAUUGGGAGUCAAACCGACAGUUGAUACUACUCCGCUCAACAAGGUGUUAAACGUUCUCAUGAUGAUAGUUAUAGUUCUCAUGGUUCCCGAGAUAGUCGCGAUGAUUAUCGUGAAGAAUAUCGAAGAGAUUCUUAUAAUCGACGUGAUCGAAAUCGUUAUGAAGAUUAUGGAGGGAGAGAUCGAAAACGGAAAUAGACAUCGUUAUGGUCUAGGUAGUGAAGAGAGACGAUCACACCAUGGAUCACAUUACGGACCGGGUAGUGAUUUACCUCGGUCCACCACCCAUGAAGAAUUUAAAGUUCCCAAUGCGGUUGUGGGUUUGGUAAUUGGUCGUGGUGGUGAAAAUUUGAAAAGAAUUGAAAAACAAACAGGUGCUAGAAUUCAAUUUUCGCAAGAUCAACCUCCAGAUGUUGUAGAAAGAAGAGUAACAAUUACAGGUACUAUGGAAGAUGUCAAAAAUGCCAGAGGAAUGGUUCAACAACUUGUAGAAGAUGCUAUUAAUGGGAAUUCCACUAGCCGUCGAGAUUCGGGAUCUAACCGAUCAACUAUCACGAUUCAUAUUCCAAGUAGUAAAGUAGGUGUUGUUAUUGGACGUGGUGGGGAAACUAUUCGAGAUUUACAAGAUCGUAGUGGGGCUCGUAUAAAUGUUACCCCUGAUAGUGCUGCCAGUCCUCAAUCUAAUGAUCGACCUGUAACUUUGAUUGGAGAUGAAGCAGCAGUUCAAAGAGCGAAAGCAUUAAUUGAUGAAAUUGUGAAUACGGGUGAAUCCAUCUCUGACAGAGGUCAUAAAGAAUAUCGCUCUAAUAGUUAUAGCGGUGCAAGUACGUAUAGUAAUGAUAGUCAUGGUAGUUAUGGACCUUCUGGAGAAACAGUAAGAGCACUUCAACAGCAAUCAGGUGCUAAAAUACAGAUUGAACCUGUACACGGUGCACCACCAGUUGAAAGAAAUGUACAGAUUAUCGGUUCUUCUGAAAAUAUUGCUAUCGCGAAACAAUUGAUUCUUGAAAAAGCUGCAUCUGGAAAUCGCGAAAGAUCAUCACGUCACGGUGAUCAAGGAAGAGGGGAUUACACUUCAGGCGGAUAUCAACAAAGUUCCUAUCAACAUGGUGGAAAUUAUCAACAAGGAAGUUAUCAACAAGGGAAUUAUCAACAAGGGAAUUAUCAACAAGGUGGAUAUCAACAAGGUAGUUAUCAACAGAUUAGUGGAUAUCAACAAAGUAGUUCAAUUCCUGCUAAUAAUACUGGAAAUCAAGGAUAUCAACAAAAUAAUGGAUAUUCCACGAAUGCUUAUCCCCAAUCUCAACAACUUACAUAUGGUCAAAGUACUAAUAACGAUUACGCACAAACUACUGCCGUCACAUAUAGUCAAUAUCCAGCACAAGCGCAGUACAAUACUUAUGGUCAACCCACCCAAUAUAGUCAAAUGUCCACCGGACAAUCUGUAGGUCAAACGACUGGACAACCUGUCGUGCAGCAACAAGUGGGGCAACCUUCUAAUCAACCACAAGCGGUAGAUCCAAACAAACUUGGUCAAUCAACUGAAGUCAAAUCUGAUUCCCAACCGGUAGCAGCAGUUCCAAAUUAUGGUUAUCAAUAUGGGUAUAGUAAUUAUGGGACCACCCCUGUUGCUACUACUCAAUUUCCUAAUACUGUUGGUGGACAAACUCAAGUAACUUCGGCUACUGUUACUCAAAUUCCUGGAGCAUAUUCAUCCACUGCUUUAUAUGGUACACCCACAGCAAACACUGCUGUUAAUCCACCAACUUCUUCAGCACCUGGAACGGUUGAUCAAAAUCCUAAUCAACAACAACAAUCUUAUGCUUAUUAUACUAGCUAA